ACCCCGCACGGUGCGCGGGCGCCUGCGCGUCGAACCCCACCCGCUUCCCCGCGGGCCUCAGUUCAAACGACCCAGUGGGUCUAGAGCGGAAGGGAGGGAGCGAAGGUAGGAGGCAGGGCCUGCCUCAGUGGCCUCCCUCCCAACCCCAAGAGCCCAGCCCCAUGGUCCCCGCCGCCGGCGCGCUGCUGUGGGUCCUGCUGCUGAGUCUGGGUCCCCGGGCGGCGGGGGCCCAAGGCCUGACCCAGACUCCGACCGCAAUGCAGAGGAUCAGUUUACGCUCUGCGGGCCCCAGGACCCGUAGCUACCGGAGCACCGCCCGGCCUGUUCUUCCCCGGAAGACGAGGAUAAUCCUAGAGGACGAUAAUGAUGCCAUGGCCGACGCCGACCGCCUGGCUGGACCGGCGGCUGCAGAGCUCUUGGCUGCCACGGUGUCCACCGGCUUUAGCCGGUCGUCCACCAUUAACGAGGAGGAUGGGUCUUCGGAAGAGGGGGUUGUGAUUAAUGCUGGAAAGGAUAACACCAGCAGAGAGCUUCCCAGUGUGACUCCCAGUACAGCGGGGAGUUCCAGCACGAGGUUUAUAGCCAAUAGUCAGGAGCCUGAAAUCAGGAUGACUUCAAGCCUGCCGCACUCCCCCGGGAGGUCUACUGAGGACCCGCCAGGCUCGGAGGCCACCCUGAGCCAGUGGUCCACACCCGGGUCUACCCCGAGCCGGUGGCCGUCACCCUCAUCUACAGCCAUGCCACCUCCUGAGGAUCUGCGACUGGUGCUGAUGCCCUGGGGCCCGUGGCACUGCCACUGCAAGUCGGGCACCAUGAGCCGGAGCCGGUCUGGGAAGCUGCACGGCCUUUCCGGGCGCCUUAGAGUUGGGGCGCUGAGCCAACUCCGCACGGAGCACAAGCCUUGCACCUACCAACAAUGUCCCUGCAACCGACUUCGGGAAGAGUGCCCCCUGGACACAAGUCUCUGUACUGACACCAACUGUGCCUCUCAGAGCACCACCAGUACCAGGGCCACCACUACCCCCUUCCCCACCAUCCACCUCAGAAGCAGUCCCAGCCUGCCACCCACCAGCCCCUGCCCAGCCCUGGCUUUUUGGAAACAGGUCAGGAUUGGCCUGGAGGAUAUUUGGAAUAGCCUCUCUUCAGUGUUCACAGAGAUGCAACCAAUAGACAGAAACCGGAGGUAAUGGCCACUUCAUCCACAUGAGGAGAUAUCAGCAUCUCAACCUCUCAUGCCCUUUCAAUCCUAGCACCCACUAGAUAUUUUCAGAACAGAAAAACAAAACUGGAAAAUACAUUGUUUGGUCUUGUGUUUCUUUACAGAGGUACCUGAGGGAGGAGAGACAUAAAUCUCUUCAUCACUAAGACUGAACUGUGUAACUAGCAGCCUCUGGCUUAUUCCCUACUCCCUGUCCCUCAGGAUAAAAUGUUGAUAUUGCUCAUUUUCCUCAUUUCCAACAUUGUUUUAAAACAACUACUUCUUUUACAGGCUUGAAAAAUCUCAAAUAAACGCUAAGAAAAGGGAGUAGGAAGAACAAGGAGUUGAGCCCUUGAAAGAUGACAUUGGUCUUCUUGCCUUCAUAAUACUUGGCCCUCUCUCCUCAGAAGGGCAAUGUUGGUACAAAAUUCCAUCUUGGCCACUUUGGAGGAGUUAUCUUCAUUAGCCACAUCCAUCCUUUAAUCCAACACACACCUGCAGUGAUUACUGUGCAACUAUUUUGCUUAAAUUUUUUUAUUUGAAAAAUGUAUUUAAAAGUCCAACAACUUUUUAAUAUAAAUUAUGACUCUCAAACCCAUUCCCAUCACUUUAUUAGUGAUGGUAGCAUACAUAUUAGAGAAGGUAGCUAAAGGCAAGAGAGCACCAAAGGAAAAAGACUGUGUCCAAAGAACAGGUAUUAAAUGGGGCUGAAGAUCAUGGUAACCAGAGAUUUCCAGGAGUCUCUAAUCUUUCUACCCUAUCCUGUUAACCCUUUAGAUCUCUAGUAUAACACUCAGGCUACUGAGGUAUUUUAGGGCAACAAGUUGGGUUACUUUCAGAGCAACCAGCUUGACUGGAACUGAGAGUAAAUUGGGAAUGUAGGACCAAUCUUAGACCCUGAAAAAUGGCAGAAAAUACAUGGAAAUU